AUGGCAAGUCCAGAGGUGGCCGGAUCUGGCACCGGUCGCCAUGGUUUUGGACGGGACGACAACGAUGGCAGGAGGGGUGAACCUCCGUGCGACGGGCCGCCUCCAUGGAGAUGGAGCUCCUUCUCCAUCACGGCCACCUGGACUCGCCUCGCCGCUCCAUGGACUCGUCUCGAUGCCGCUUGGUGUGUGUGCCGCCGUCGUCGCCUGUUGGCCCUCACCAGGAAGGAGAUGAUAGAUUGGGCCAGGCACGUCCGCGCGGAGGAGUGCCACCGGCUAGCGCAUGCGGCUCUACGUCUGCGACACCAUCCUUGGAUACAAUAA